GUGUCUCAGCUGGGCUCAUUUUCUGCACACUUUUCUUUUUCUAGUGGAACCUCUCCCUUAGCCUGUCUGAAUGCCAUGCUUCACACUAACACCCGAAUAGGGGAUGGAACAUUCUUCAAAAUCCCUGGAAAGUCAGGCCUCUAUGCCCUCAAAAAAGAGGAGUCAUCAUGCCCAGUGGAUGGAAACUUGGCUCUAGUCUGUGACGCAGACCUGGAUGGCACUGAGAUGGCAGAGGCUAGUGCCAACGGAGAGGAGACCAGGGUGUGUACGAAGCAGGUAGCGGAUGAAGUAGCUUCCACUCGGGAUUGCAGCCUUACGAACACGGCAGUGCAAAGCAAGCUGGUGUCUUCCUUCCAGCAGCACACCAAAAAGGCCCUGAAACAGGCUUUGAGGCAGCAGCAGAAAAGAAGAAAUGGAGUCUCAAUGAUGGUGAACAAGACUGUCCCUCGAGUUGUCUUGACACCAUUAAAGGUGUCUGAUGAGCAGUCCGAUUCGCCUUCAGGAUCUGAGUCUAAGAAUGGGGAAGCAGACAGUUCAGAUAAAGAAAUGAAACAUGGGCAAAAAUCUCCGCCUGGAAAGCAAACAAAUCAGCACUUAAAACGCCUAAAAAAGUCUGGUUUAGGCCACUUGAAAUGGACCAAAGCUGAGGACAUUGACAUAGAAACCCCAGGAUCUAUCCUCGUCAACACUAACCUGAGGGCCCUGAUAAACAAGCACACCUUUGCCUCCUUCCCUCAGCACUUCCAGCAGUACCUCCUGCUUCUGCUCCCAGAAGUGGACAGGCAGAUGGGCAGUGAUGGAAUUUUACGCCUCAGUACUUCAGCUCUAAAUAACGAAUUCUUUGCAUAUGCAGCACAAGGGUGGAAGCAGCGACUGGCAGAAGGAGAGUUUACCCCAGAAAUGCAAUUACGAAUAAGGCAAGAAAUUGAGAAGGAAAAGAAAACAGAACCUUGGAAAGAAAAAUUUUUCGAGAGGUUUUAUGGAGAAAGAUUGGGCAUGUCCAGAGAAGAAUCUGUGAAGCUUACUUCUGGACCAAGCCAUGACGGAGCUGAAGGGAGUUCCUCCCACGGGAACUCUGGCAUUCCGGGUGCUUCGGCACAGACUGCAUUACAAGAACAGCAACCAAAAAUCAUGAAAACUUCAGCUUCCUCAGAGCCCGACUUCCGCACUACCAUUUGUCCAAUGUUAGAGGUUCCAGUGAAGGAUGUAAUGACAGAAUCAGAAACAGAAGACAUCUUUAUCCCCGAGGAAUCUGUGAUUCAGGAGGAAGUGGCAGAAGAGGUAGAGACAAGUAUUUAUGAAUGUCAAGAUGAAACUCAUAAGACCAUCCCUGAGAUUUCCGAGGAUUCUGAAAGUCCAGCCACCUCUUGUGAAGAGCCCCAGGUAGUAGCACCUGUAGAUGGCUUGGAGUCCUGUGUAGUAAUGAAUGAUAUUUUAGAAACUUUACCUCAUAUUGAAGUGAAGAUAGAUGAGAAAUUGGAAUGUCCCCAGGAAGAAAUGUCAGUUGUCAUUGACCAACUGGAAAUCUGUGACUCUCUUGUUCCUUGCGCUUCAUCUGUCACUCAUGUCCUUGAUGCAGAACAGAAGGAACAAGAAACCACCAUAGAGACCAGCACUAUAGCUCUGGGAGCAGAGCCAUCUUCUCUCGAAAGCCAGCUUCCAAAUGAGGGAAUUGCUGUAGAUAUGGAGCUACAGAGUGACCCUGAAGAACAGCUCUCGGAAAAUGCUUGCAUCUCUGAGACUUCCUUCUCCUCUGAGAGCCCAGAGGAAGCAUGUGCCAGCCUUCCGUCCCCAGGUGGGGAAACACAGUCCACAUCUGAAGAGUCAUGCACCCCAGCCUCUCUGGAAACAACAUUCUGUUCUGAGGUGUCCAGCACUGAGAAUACAGAUAAGUACAACCAGAGGAAUCCUACUGAUGAUAGCCUUCACGCAUCUUUGGUAUCAGAGGUCUCUCCACUAGCCACCUCACCUGAAAUCUCAGAAGCAUCUCUUAUGUCCAACUUACCUCUGACAUCCGAGGCAUCCCCAGUGUCCAACUUACCUCUGACAUCAGAAGCAUCUCCAAUGUCUGAUUUACCACUGACGUCAGAAACUUCCUCAGUGUCUUCCAUGCUACUCACCACUGAGACACCUUUUGUAUCCAGUUUGCCAAUUCCUGCAGAGACUUCUCCAAUUUCUAAUUCUUCCAUGAGUGAAAGAAUGGUACAUCAACAGAGAAAGUCACCUUCGGGAUCUGAAGAAGCUCUCUCUCCACAGAAAGAUGAACCUUCUGUCCCCACCAAGUCCCUGGGAGAGAACCUUGUCUCCCACCCAAAGCCUUUGUCCAACGUUCCAGAACCCAUCAACAUGAGUUCUUCCAUUGUGCCUGAUGCACUGCCACCUGAAGAACUGCACAGCCAGACUCUGAGUAAAGAGCCUUGCCACUCUCACAUCGAAAUGGAGAAGCUCUACACUCCUUCCAUCCCAGAACUUCCUUCUACAGAAAUGAUGAAAGUUAAAAACCAUAGUGUCCUGCAGAGAACUGAAAAGAAAGGGGUGUCUUCACCAUUGGAAUUCCCUGUCUUUUCUGAGGAGACGGAGACUAAGGGGAGCGAGCUUCCAGCAGCUAAACUACAGGACAAGCCAUAUGUGCCAUCAGUAGAUAAGGCUCCAUUCCUAGAGGGCUCAAGAAACAAAAUGCAUAAGCAGGCCAGUACACUGAGCCGACUGGAGACCCCAUAUACUUCCAAAGCAUCAGAGCCCUCCAAGUCACCCGAUGGGAUAAGAAAUGAAAGCAGAGAGUCAGAGAUAGUAAAGAGGAAGACUUUGGAACAUAGCUUUGGAAUAUGUAAAGAAAAACGAGCUAGGAUAGAAGAUGACCAGUCAGCUCGGGGCCUAGCUUCCAGCAGUCCACCUGAGAAAGAGCAGCCGCCACGUGAGGAGCCCCGGGUUCCCCCUCUCAAGAUACAGCUUUCUAAAAUUGGGCCACCUUUCAUCAUCAAGAGCCAGCCAGUCUCCAAAGCAGAGUCCCGGGCGUCCACUAGCACAUCAGUCAGCAGUGGUAGAAACACAGGAGCCAGGACCCUUGCAGACAUCAAGGCCCGUGCCCAACAAGCCCGUGCCCAGCGCGAGGCUGCUGCAGCUGCUGCGGUUGCAGCCGCAGCGAGCAUUGUCUCAGGGGCCAUGGGAAGCCCAGGAGAGGGUGGGAAGGCAAGAACCCUGGCCCACAUCAAAGAGCAGACCAAAGCUAAGCUCUUUGCAAAACAUCAGGCCAGGGGCCACCUCUUCCAGACCUGCAAGGAGACCCGGUUGCCUACUGUCAGCUCCAAGGAAGAAUCUCUCAAUAUGGAAACCUCUUCUACCCCGGAAACAAAGAUGGAAGGCUCCGCUGGUGUCAUCAUCGUCAAUCCAAACUGCAGAUCUCCUAGCAGCAAGCCCACACACAUCCGGGAGACCGCCACUGUAUUACAGCAGCCUCUGAACGCCCCUCAGAUUCCAGAAACUGCCACUGACUUAUCCGUGCAUAGUUCUGACGACAACAUACCUGUGUCACACUUAACUGAGAAAAUUGUCUCAUCUACCUCUUCUGAAAAUAGCAGUGUACCCAUACUUCUAAAUAAAAGUCCCAUCAACCCCGUCCCUAUGUCUGUCUGCAGCACUGCUGUGUCGGGAGCAAUUAAAGAGCAUCCCUUUGUGAGUCCUGUUGACAAAUCCUCUGUCCUCAUGUCUGUCGACAGUACAAACAGUACGAUUUCUGCUUGUAACAUAAGCAUGUUGAAUUCCAUCCAGGGAUCUGACGCUCCGUGCAUAGCCCUUCUACCAAAAUGCAUCAACAGGACUCCUAUCCCAGCUGCUCCAGAAGGUACUGGACAGUCUAACUCCAUGGAUGGUAAGGCUCUGCUUGUAUCUGGCAGCAAGGCUGCUAACUUAGUGUCCAGUCAGUACGCUUCUGUGGCAGCUCCUACCACUGGAAGUAAUUUGCCAAACCAUCUCUGCACUAGCUCUGUCUUGAUUCCCCCCACAGGGAUUAAUAACAGAUUCGCUUCUGAAAAGAUAGCCAUGCCUGGGAGUGAAGAACAGGCCACAGUGUCCAUGGCGGCCACCAUGAGAACAGCCCUCAGCGGUGGGGAUUCAGUGGCUGUCACCGAUCCACUGGUCUCACGCCAGCCCGUUGCAAUGUUUGCGGGAAACGUGCUCACCAUAAACUCGUACGACAGUCCCCCCAAACUAAGCGGGGACAGCUCGGACAAAAACCCAGCACCUCGGAACAGGACAGACAAUUCUGGAAAACCUCAGCAGCCACCAGGGGGCUUUGCCCCAGCAACCAUAAACAGGUCAAUUCCAUGUAAAGUCAUCGUAGACCACAGCACGACACUGACCUCCAGUCUGUCUCUGACCGUCUCCAUUGAAAGUGCAGAAGCAAGCGUGGAUCCCCAGAGCCGGUCCCUGAGGACAGACGUAUCCAUACAGCCGGUGGCAUGUCCUCAGGUGUCUGUCAUCAGUAGACCUGAGCAGGUCACCAGUGAAGGUGCCGACCAUGGCCCUGUUUUCAUUGCUGCUUCUACAGCCAAACAGGACUGUAAGACAGUGCAGACCACUUGCACUGGUCUCCGAGAAUUGCCCCUUGCUCUUCCAGAUAAACUCAAUGACAUGACUGCACCCGGUCUUGGCUUCGCUGAGCAGGCACGAAACGCAAGUGCUUUCAAGACCGAAACAGACACAGCCUGUAGCAAUCAGUAUAACCCAGGAAACCGGAUUUGCUGGAGUGAAGACCCAAUGAGAAACACAGGACAGCCUGUGGUGAGUCAUCCGGGUUCGAGUAAACAGAAGGAACACCCAGAGCAGAGUGCUUUGAAGGCUGUCAAGACAGAGCACGCCAGCUAUGCACACGUGUCAGACCACCACCCUAGGAACCUCAUCGCCAACGUCAGUCUUCCCGUGAAGCCCGAACCUCAUGAAGCAGACAAGGGCUUCAGAAUGGACACUGAGGAUUUCCCUGGCCUCGAGCAUCCUCCUCCAGCCACGGAGGUGACAAGCAGUGCUAGUGUGCAACCAGCACAGGUCGUGAAGCCUUCCACCACGAGCCCCGUGGAAGAGGCCGUUCCCUUGGCUGCAGACACCCUGAAAAGACUUCCAAGCUCGGGCAGUUCGAGUUGCCGCCUGUCUUCUGUGGAAGCUAACAACCCCCUGGUGACGCAGUUACUGCAGGGCAACCUGCCUCUGGAAAAGGUGUUACCACAGCCAAGACUGGGAGCCAAACUUGAAAUCAACAGGCUCCCGCCGCCACUCCAAACUACCUCAGUGGGUAAGACAGGGCUGGAGAGAAGCAUGGUGGAAAUGCCAUCCAGCUCUCCAAAUCCAGACGGUAAGGGCUACCUGGCAGGGACUCUAGCGCCACUCCAAAUGAGAAAGCGAGAAAACCAUCCCAAAAAGAGAGCAGCCAGGACGGUGGGAGAACACGCUCAAGUCAAGUGCGAGCCAGGGAAGGUGGUGAUGGCGCCAGACGUCAAAGCGGUACCCUGCGUCAUCAGUCCAGGCAUGAGUCAGCUAGGACCCAGCCAGCCAUUCAAGCAAGAGAGACUCAGUAAGCCCUCCAUGGCCAACAGGAUCAUGCCCAGCCCCGAGGUCAAACAGCAGAAGCGGCUGUUGCCUGCGUGUAGCUUCCAGCCAGGCCUGUUCCAUGUGAACAAAAACGAUGGCUUCCAUGCUGACACCGGUACCUCCCACAGACAGCAGUUCUACCAAAUGCCCAUGGCUGCCAGGGGACCCCUUCCCACUGCUGCUCUGUUACAGACCUCUCCCAAGACCCCAGUGGGCUGCAGUGCAUUCGCCUUCAACAGGCAUCUUGAACAAAAGGCACUGGGAGAUGUUAAUCUUCCUUCAGCACCUCACCAGCUAAGACUAGCUAAUAUGCUGUCCCCCAGCGUGCCCAUAAAAGAAGGCGACGACGGGGGAGGCACCACACACGCGAUGCCAGGCAAAGCAGUGGUCCAUCCUCCGCUGCCACCUCCCCCGCCGCCUCCCCCACCGCCCCCUCCGCCCUUGUCCCUGCCGCCGCCACCCCCUCCACCACCUCCACUACCUCCUCCUCUCCCAACUGUAGACGUCCCAUCCGAUCAGAAGCAACCGCCAGUCACCAUGGAAACCACUAAGCGACUCAGUUGGCCCCAGUCCACGGGCCUAUGUAGCAAUAUCAAAUCAGAACCUCUUUCUUUUGAGGAAGGUUUAAGCAGCAGCUGUGAACUGGGCAUGAAACAGGUUUCAUAUGACCAGAAUGAAGUGAAAGAACAGCUGAAGGCAUUUGCGUUAAAGAAUGCAGAGUUUUCUUCCUACUUGCUCUCUGAGCCCCAGAAGCCCUUCACCCAACUAGCUGCUCAAAAAUUACCAGUACCACAGCAACAACCACUCUGUGGAAGUUACCCAACCAUACACUUUGGGAGCACAAAUUUCAAAAGGGCAGCAUCUGCCAUUGAGAAGUCCAUUGGGAUUCUGGGAAGUGGCUCUAGCCCCGCCACCACCACAGGGCUGGCAGGUCAGAGCACUCCGAUGACCGUUCAGAACUUCGCAGACAACAGCAACGCAGACGAGUUAGAGCUGAAAUGUUCUUGCCGGCUCAAAGCCAUGAUCGUGUGCAAAGGCUGCGGAGCCUUCUGCCACGAUGACUGCAUAGGUCCUUCCAAACUUUGUGUAGCUUGCCUGGUUGUCCGAUAAGAGCCGAGUGAAAGAUGCCGUGCCCCGCCCCCGCCCCCACCCGCCCCUCCACCCCAUUUUUAACAUGAAAACGCCUGACAUCAUUAGCAAGGAGUCAAAUAAGGAAGGCGUAGGCUUCUGUGCCGGCAUAUCUCAUUGAGGAGCAAGUCAUCUGUUUUUUUGUUUGUUUGUUUGGUUGGUUGGUUGGUUUUUUUUCUAAGUAAUUAUUUUCUUACGUUUCUCAUACAGGGGAAGAUGCAACACACAUGAAUGGCUUGUGCCUGUUUAGUCACCAUUCUCAGCUUUGAUGUGUUUCUGUCUGUGUAUUAAAAGUCACUGCCUCAUUCAUAUAUAUAUAUAUAUAUAUAUAUAUAUAUAUAUAUAUAAUUUUUUUCUGUUUCAGCCCAGGCCUAGACAGUAAGGGCAUCCUGAGUUUACUAAUCACCAGAUAUGCAGAUGUUGAAAACUAUGAUAGGUAUAGUGUAAGCUGGCCACGUCUCUUUCUGUAGAUUGGACAUCACAGCAAGCAUUUCUCCAGUGAUUCUGUGGGACCUGCCCUUCCCCAGUGGUUGAAGACAUAGUAGGAAUGGGAGCCUGCUUUAACAACAACAUUCCUUAUAUUUAUUCUGAUCACUGAAGGUGCAUGAAGGAUGUGUCAGUGAACUCCACUGUCCAAGCUCUCUUUCCUCCUUUCUUACUCUUUCUCAGAGACUGGCAGAAAACCUGAAUUGGCUUUGGAUUUUUGUCCACAAAUUGUGGUCGAAUGUGCAUUGUGAGUUGACAAUGGGGCUUCAUGAGAUAGGUGGUCUGAUUGUAGCCCUUGGAUAUCUGAUAAUGUAAAAUCCAUUGGCUUAUAGCCAUGGACCAAGAUUAGGUGGUGUUCCACAGGUGGCUUUUAAGAGCAACUAUGAAAGAAAAUCCAUGCCCUAAUAUUAAAAACAAACAAUAAAAUGUUGCGCAUGCAUGUAUCAUGGGUUGAUGACAUAAAAUAUUAGCCAUUCUAAUCACUCUAAUCCAAUUACCACGUAUAAAUUGGGCGUGGGUGGAGCAGCUGUAGCCUUUCACCAUGCCAGUGUACUCUGGCCGCCUCCUUUUGCAAGUUUCAUUGUUGAUAGGGACUACAGAAGGUUGCGUGAAGGGUAACAUUUUUCAAAACCCUUUCUACCCUUUUGAUUCACAGUCUGUACAGCUGUCUUUGACUCUGGAAUAACCCUUAUCAAAAAAAAAAGUCACCCCCUCCAGCAUGCGUUGCUAUUUCUUUCCUCAUACCUGGGGGAGUGGACAUGGAGAGAGGGUGGUGUACCUCACGCUUCUCUUCUGUGCUUGCCCAGUGAAAACUGAGCCUCUGAGAGCCAUCCAUGCGCUGACUAACCUCAUACCGGAGACAGCUGUGCUGACGAGGUGCUCUGUUCCCAAAAGCAAGCUCAAAAGCACAAGCAUGCAGCGAGAAGAUGAAGGAGAAGUACACCCAUUUAAGUUCAGCUUCAGAGCACAAAAUGUAGAGUGCCAUUAACCCAUUGAUUGUGCCUGUAGAAUUAAAAUCAAAAGAAUCCAGAGGGGGGGGGAAUCACAUGUCCAGAGUGAAAGAUAUUUUCAUGUGGGAUCAUCUUGUCAAUGUAAACUCUCUUGACAUUCCUUGAAAAUGCAUCUUAAAGUUUAACUGGAAUGAGUAGAAAAUACAUUCCUGAAAGAAAGAAAAACACGUUUUUUGUUUUUUUUUUAAGAAAAAAAAAAAAGACACACAACCAGCUGUGGUGGGGUUUAUUUAUUUAUUUAUUUUUGUCCUCUAAAUUUUUUUUGUUGUGAUGUUGCCAAAUUUCUUUAGGUGGCGGGGACAUUGUUUUAACAAAUUACUGAAUGUGAAAGAUCCUUUAUCUUAAGAGAGAAGAGCAAAGGAAGGCCUGCCUGUGGCAGUGGUUGGGUGCCUCGGCCCUGUCACUGCCUUUCAUAUCAAAGCUAACAGAAUUGACAAUGGAGAAAGCCAGCGCUGCUCUUGGCAGGCUCUACCCCAGGACUGCAGCCUUAGGGCUGGGGUAGUGAGCUGCCUGCCUGCCAGGGUAUAUCUGCACGCUGUGCUUGUCAGUGAUGCCCUUAUGGUCUGCUUGGGUAGGAUGUCGUCUUAGUUUUGAAGAUUGUGCUCUUAGCCUCGCAGCGGGGCACCCCAGUACACCAUGACACUUGCAUGCCAACCCCUUCCUGUUUAAUCGCUGCUAUUCCAGCGUCAGAUACUGUCUACACCAGCAGAUCCUGAACUACAACGCCAGUACCUGACACUUGUUAAACCCAAGUCUACGAAGCCUUUGCACUCUGUAUGAGAGGGACAGUUGAGGCUGAAGGGAUACUGAGCUCAUUGUCAGCUGCGCCUUUUUUUUUUUUUUUAAAUACUGCCUGCCAAUUGCUUCCUGGGAAUAAAGAAAAAGUGUCCUUCUGUAUGUUUGGAUUUUUCACAUAGUAAGUUUGGAAAUUCAAAUGUUGAUAAUGCAUGGAUUCUGUCACCCAGGUCCAAAGAACAUCAUUUUUCUAGAUCUUCCUCUUUUCUGCCCCAGUUCAAAUUCUCGAUGUUCUCUUAUGGUUUAUUUUCCUGAGACAUAAUCUUUGGAGUGACUACAAUAACAAAAUUCGGAAGCGAAGUGUCGGCUAAGUGUCUUGUGGGUACGCGUUUCACAUUUAUAUGAAAGCCAGCAUAUUUGAAUUGGGCAAGCAGCUUCUCAGCUUCCUGAUUCUAUCUGUUUCUGCGUGUGUGCAGCCAGACAAUGCUAUUUACGACGCGGUUACGGUGAUGUGAUGUGCAAACUACAUGUGUGCAUUUUCCUGAUUUGGACAAAGCUAGUCCCCUGUCAGGAACAGAACUUGCACAUGUAACAUGUAUUUAUUGUUAAUCACAAAGGAUGUAUUUCUCAAAAGAGCACUUUUGGAGCAGGGAAUGGGAAGGAGACUACCAUGCCCUAUUCCCCUCCAUGUGAUAUGCAUAUGCCUGAGGUAUAUAAAGCAUUUAGCUAGUUAAUGGGCAUGUUAAUAAAAGCAUUUUGAUGCAAAUUCAUUUUCAAAAUGAAGAUAUUUUUCAUUCCCAAAAGUGAGAAUGCAAAACGCAAUGACCAGAGCACCAUAGUUAUGUAGAGUAUUUCCCUGUAAAGGCCUAGUGUUAAGAAACAAACUUGAAAAUCUAUGAGGCUGAGCCAGGUUGCUAGAAAGACUUCAUGGCGGUGUCUGCUUCCGGGGUGAGCUAUGGAGGCAUAGCUGACUUCUGGAGGUUGGAUAUCCUUACUCAGUUCAAAAUAAGCAUACAGAAAUCAGUUCGUACCUGUGGUGCUUUAUAAUGUCAAAAAUAUUGGGGUUUUUUUGUUUGUUUGUUUGUUUGUUUUCUUAAAGUACAUGAUGCUGCAAGCCUGAUUCCUUUACAAACACUCGCACAAUUUCAAAAGAGGGAUUUGCUAUAGCCAGUCUCCCUGCUUCUCCGGGUGAGGUCUGAGGAAGCCCAGGUGUUAGACGCUGAAGCCAAGCUUAGGCCCGAAUGGUCCUAGCCUGGUGUUGAAGCUCAGUAUCCCAGUCGCUGCCUGGGGAUACCUACCCCACCGAACACACAGAGCUCAGACUCCAGUCCAUCUGUGCUCCCCGAGAACAAUGUGAAAAGUCCUGGGACAGAACUCAUCAACUGUCAGGGGCCUAUGUAGCCAAAAUGUCACUGUAAGAAUUGUGUCGCCUCCUGUCCUCAUGUUUGUCACUGUAAAGCGAGCGAAAGGCAUUUUUACUAUAAUUUAAAGGAGCUGCUGUUUUUAAUAGCAUACACUAUUUAGCUUUGAACUAUAUUUUAUAGUCACAGAAUAAUCUAGACUGUAGAGAGACUUUGUUGUGUUUGUGCUGUUCACGAAUGUUCCAGAAAAGUGCUUUACCUGGUUUCCCCUCACUUCCUGGCUCUGCUGUAUCCCCUCCUUGCUUCACAGAAAUCCGAUCUCAUUCAUGUUUUCAGUACCAUUCUUUUCUUUAAAAAAAAAAAAAAGUGUUUGUGCAUAUUGUUUCUUCUUUUGGUCAGUAUUCUAAAUGUUUACAUCUGUUUGACAUUAGCCGUUUAAUGCCUUUUUUUUUUAAAUUUUUCAAAGACGGAAUUUACUCCUCCAGUGUAACAGCAAAAUGUGAAGCUAACCCGAAUACACCACGCAUGGCACACACAGACUGGGGCCUAGGCCCUGACUGUACACAGACAUUUCCUAUCAGCAUACAGAAAAGUGAAACCCUCCUUCAGUCCUCUACCAAAGAAUAUAUUAUUCCCACAGGAAAAACUCAGAAAGGUGUGUAAAACCCUCAGGAGGGGGUGAAGUUGAUCCAUAAAACUGCUACAACUGAACGGCGUUAUGCUUGCUUUGAUACCUGACUAAAUGUGACUGGCUGCGUUGAAAAAAUGAAAGUUUUAGGCAGUGUUUUGUUUAGAAUUCAGGGAUCAUGCAUUCUUUAAUGGUGCUGUUUGUUUGUUUUUUUUUUUUUUUUAAUUUCUUCUUUUUCUACAAAGAAUAAAAAGUGUUGCCUACAAAAGUGACUGCUCAUGAUAAUGUAAGUUAAAUGGACCGUCUGUCUCUCUAUGUUUCUAUGUUUUGUUUUGUUUUUUCCCUUUCUCCAAGUAAGAAUUUGGUUUCCAUAUAAAAAUUUUCUGGAGAAAAAUAAAGAAAUGAAAACAUGAAA